GUAGUUACCACACCCAGGGAACCUUCCCCUAAUGUUUCCCACGCUCUGGCCUUUCCGCCUUCAACUGGAAGGCCAGCGGUACCCCUGAAGCAGUCCAGUGGGCUGAGAAUAAAGCCGCUGUUUUCCCAGUGGUGCACCUGGAACUCAUUACCGGGAUAAGGAUGGUGGGCGCCAAGCUGAUUACAGGUCCCAGCACCUCCCUCCGCCUGGCACAGCAACGCAGUGGACUCAGCAGUGCCACCAUGAACCCCCCCUUCUACCAGUUGUCCUGCUGUGGCCCUGCUCCAUGUGCCAGCUGCUGCCACUCGAGGUGGCCCCCUCUGAGAGAGUCCACUGGUAGCCGCCUGUUCUACAUCCUCCUACAUAUGGGAACCUCAGCAGUCUGCUGCCUCCUGUUGUCACAGACAGUAGUGGAAAAGGUCUGGGGCAAGGGGCAUGGGAUCCAGAUGCCUUCUGGGCUGUGUGUCCACCUGUUUGGCAACUCUGACUGUCCAGUGCUCACUGGCUCUGGGGCUGUGUACAGAGUCUGUGCAGGAACCGCCACUUUCCAUCUGCUGCAGGCUGUGCUACUGGUCCACCUCCACUCCCCUACCAACCCACGGGCACAGCUGCACAAUAGCUUCUGGCUCCUCAAGCUGCUGUUGCUGCUCAGUCUCUGUGCGGUGGCCUUCUGCAUCCCUGAUGAGCACCUCUUCCCAGUUUGGCACUACAUUGGCAUUGGUGGAGGCUUCACUUUCAUCCUGCUGCAGCUGAUACUUAUCACAGCCUUUGCUCACUCCUGGGACAAGAGCUGGGAGAGAGGUGCAGCUCACCACUGCGGCUGGUUCACAGCAGUGCUGCUGGCCACCCUGGGCUUCUACAGCAUGGCAGGUGUGGGAGCUGCACUCUUGUUCCGCCACUACACCCACCCGGCUGGCUGCCUGCUCAACAAGACGCUGCUCAGUCUGCACCUUUGCUUCUGUGGUCUCCUCUCCUUCCUCUCCAUGGCUCCCUGCAUCCGCCUCAAGCAAACUCGCUCUGGCCUUCUACAAGCUUCUAUCAUCAGCUGCUAUAUCAUGUACCUCACCUUCUCUGCACUCUCCAGUCGUCCUCCAGAUAGAGUAAUUCUUCAAGGACAGAAUCACACCUUGUGCCUACCUGGCCUGAGGAACGUGGAACCCCAGACCCCGGACAGCUCCCUGGCCGUGCUGAGUGCUGGCAUCAUGUAUGCUUGUGUGCUUUUUGCUUGUAAUGAGGCUUCCUACCUGGCUGAGGUAUUUGGGCCCUUGUGGAUCAUCAAGGUUUACAGCUAUGAGUUUCAGAAACCCUCUCUCUGUUUUUGCUGCCCUAAAACAGUGGAGCCAGAGGAAGGGCCAAGGGCAAGAGCUGUCAGGCCAAGUGACCAAGAAACAGCUGCAGCUCGAGCCCAGCACCUUUCCUACAGCUAUUCUGCCUUCCACUUUGUCUUCUUCCUGGCAUCACUCUACAUCAUGGUUACCCUCACCAACUGGUUCAGCUACGAGGAAGCAGAACUGGAAAAGACUUUCACCGGGGGUAGCUGGGCUACCUUCUGGGUCAAGGUUGCCUCAUGCUGGGCCUGUGUACUCCUCUAUCUGGGGCUGCUCCUGGCCUCCCGUCUGGGUUCAUAAUAAGCUGAAAUCCCCUUGAGGUUCUACCCCUAGCCCUGACUCAGGAGAGCCUCGUUCACUAGCUCAAGGACACAACAGGCAAUGAUCUCCUUUUAAGUUAGACAGUCCUAUGUCUGAAUUUCAAGAUGUCCUAUAAGUCCUAAUGCCCUGGCAGAGUAUCUGCCUCAGUGGUGCUCCCAUGAUAUCGUCAUCCCAGCUCAAGAGCUUACUUCCCAAGUCAGCAACCCAGGCACCAGUGCUGAUCCCAGCAGAGCGUGGCACCCGCCCUCACCUAGUUCUUGAGCUGGGCGGCCAAGGGGGAUGGAGGCACAAACAGGGACUAAAGACUUGGCUCUGUCCUUAGGGCUAAAAAGAAAGUAAGUUCAAUCCCAGGCCCAGGAAUGAAAGAUGCCCAGAACCACAAAACCAGGACGUUGGAUGAAAGGAGCACAAGGCUUACCCCAGGUUUUAAUCCUGAUAUGAAGGUCAAGGAGAGAAAUACUACCCGAAUUCCAUGAGAAAUAACAGAGAAGAGAAUGGGAAUACUUGAGAGCAGCAGGAUUUGGGGGCCAACUUUCAAGCAGGCAGUCAGACUGAGGAAGAAUGAGGAAGAAGGGCAUAAACUUAGGUCCUAGAAUCUUCCCACUUAGGCUCUCAAUUCCAUCCUUAAGAUAG